GACUGGCGGCGCCGCUCGCUGCCAGAUACUGAGCCUUUGUUUGUGUUGGCCUGUCACGGACGGACUAUUAACGGCGGAGAAACACCGACGCGGUUUCAUCUGAGAUUUUUCCGCGUAACGACGUGUCAGACGAAGUUAAUAAAACAGUCUCUGCAUUGUAGUGUGGACGGCGACACGACAGGCGGCGCUGUGGCGGGCAUACGGCGUAGGAGUGACUGUAAACACAUGAGCUGACCCCGAGUCAGAUUUUAUAGCGUUUGAAUGAGUUGUAAAGACAUGAAAAUGAAUUAAAACUGAUCUGGAGUGAGAUUGUGGUGGCUGUGAGAAGAUGCGUUUGAUUUGUUGAUAAAGACAGCCCCUUAAGGCGGUGUUAGCCCCGACCAUUACACAGCAGAACAUCCAAAUGAGGCGAAGACGCCGCCUACCCGGUGUACCUCGGUGAUCAAACUGAACUCACGAUCUGUUAUCAGAGCAGAGGAAUUUGGGCAAAAAUCCGCACAGUUCCCCGCUGCGUCGGUCCGAGCUAGUGGCGGAGCUUUAGCUGUGACGGCGGGACACCCUGGAAGAGACGGAGGCCCCUCUGGAGGAUGACCGGCGGCGCAGACUGGAAGUGAACAUCGUCGCGGCACGAUGUGAGAUGAACCGGGGCAGAGCAGCGAGCGAGGCCGGCGACAUCAUGCUGGUCCGGGGCUCGCCCGGUCGAGGCCGAGCCAGAGUGACUCAUGCGGUGGUGGUGAUCUUCCUGGAGUUCUUCGCCUGGGGGCUGCUGACCACGCCCAUGCUGACGGUUCUCCAUGAGACGUUUCCUCAGCACACAUUCCUGAUGAACGGCCUGGUUCAGGGAGUGAAGGGUUUCCUCUCGUUCCUGUCGGCUCCUCUGAUUGGUGCUCUGUCGGACAUCUGGGGCAGGAAGUCCUUCCUGCUGAUGACCGUCUUCUUCACCUGCGCUCCGAUUCCCUUCAUGAGGAUCAGCCCCUGGUGGUACUUCGCUCUGAUCUCAGUCUCAGGGAUUUUCGCUGUGACCUUCUCGGUGAUCUUCGCCUACGUGGCUGACAUCACAGAAGAACAUGAGAGGAGCAUGGCCUACGGACUGGUGUCGGCCACCUUCGCUGCCAGCCUGGUCACCAGCCCGGCCAUCGGCGCCUACCUGUCGGCUAAGUACAGCGACAGCCUGGUGGUCCUGGUCGCCACGGUGAUCGCUGUGGCCGACAUCGGCUUCGUGUUCUUCGUCGUCCCCGAGUCGCUGCCGGACAAGAUGAGGCUGACGUCCUGGGGCUUCCCCAUCUCCUGGGAGCAGGCCGACCCUUUCGCUUCUCUGCGUCGUGUUGGAAAAGACUCCACCGUGCUGCUGAUCUGUGUCACAGUGUUCCUGUCCUACCUGCCGGAGGCCGGACAGUACUCCAGCUUCUUCCUCUACCUGAGACAGGUGAUUGAGUUUUCUCCUGCAGCCAUCGCUGCCUUCAUCGCCAUGGUGGGAAUCCUCUCCAUAGUGGCUCAGACUCUGUUCCUCAGUGUUCUGAUGAGGACCAUCGGGAACAAGAACACGGUUCUCCUGGGUCUGGGUUUCCAGCUCUUCCAGCUGGCCUGGUACGGGUUCGGCUCUGAGCCCUGGAUGAUGUGGGCAGCAGGAACAGUAGCAGCCAUGUCCUCCAUCACCUUCCCAGCCGUCUCUGCUCUGGUGUCACACAGUGCAUCACCUGACCAGCAAGGUGUGGUACAGGGGAUGAUCACGGGUAUCAGAGGUCUGUGUAACGGUUUGGGUCCGGCUCUUUAUGGCUUCAUCUUCUUCCUCUUCAACGUGGAGCUCAACGACAUGGAGCCGGUGGGAGGAAAACCCACCGAUGCUGAGAAGUCCAUCGUUCCCGGUCCUCCCUUCCUGUUCGGAGCCUGCGCCGUCGUCUUGGCUCUCGUCGUCGCCGUCUUCAUUCCCGAGCACCACCGAUUGGCCGACGUCAAGACCUGCUCCGCCCACAAGGCAGGCAGCUCCGCCUCCUCCUCUGCACACGCUCAGAACGGCAGCCCUCUGGCCACGCCCACCAGCGACGCGGAGGACAUUGAGCCGCUCCUACAGGACAGCCGCAUGUGAUGACCGGCCAAUCACAGCGCUGCGUCCUCUCUGCAGGCCCCGCCUCCUCCAACCAGAAGCUUUUCUUUCGUUUUACCUGCGGACGGCUCAGGUAACGGCAGCCACACUGACGAGCUCGGUUCAGACGACAUUUAUCAGCUUCAGGAGUCGCGUUUUAAAUUAGCGGCGUCUGAAUAAACGGAGCGAAUAUGCAGCAAAGCGACAUUAAUAUAUGAAUAUAACCUCCCUCUGCUCUGAUCUCCACGCCUGAAGCCAUCUGUAGACCUGCCCAGGUGAGUCGGGCAGUAGAACCAAAGGGCUGAGGAGGAUGUUUUCAGGGCCUUUCACCAACAUCACACAUGAUUUCUGCUCCUUCUUUGGCGGUUUCCAGCCGGUUUAUUUGCCGUUGUGCUUCUUUUUAACGCGACGCUCAGAAACACGAAGAGCAGGGAAGAAGAUCAAACAGUUAAUCAAAUAUUUUAAGCCGCUGUAGCGCUUCACUUCCUGUUUAAGAUAAAAUGCCAAAUAUUCUCUGGUUUGUGUCUCUAAAGAGGCAGUUUGCUCUUUUUUUGUCACAUGUGACGGUAAAUUUAAGCUUUUUGGUUCUGUGUUUCCUGUGACAUUUUGUAGUAGUUUUUAUAUAAACUUAAUGAUUAAUCGAUGAACAGAGUGAUUAAUUUUAAAGAAUAUAACAUGAGGUUCUGUGUGAUCAGAACAAAAAGCACCUUUCUAUGCUGUAGUGGAUGUAGCUGCUUCACCUGUUUUCUAAACGUGUUAACUUAACCAUCUGAGCGUUUUAUUCACCCAUCAGUAGGACGAAUGAACCAUUAAGUGGUUGGCUGUUAUUAUGAAUGACUGAUCAGUUUGAGUCUUUUUUAAAGAAGAAAAGGAGCUCAUUAAAGGUGAAUAUUUUCUGCUUUCUUUUCUCCUUUAAGACAGUAAACUAAAUCUAUUUGGGUAAACGACAUUUUUCCACACUCUAUCCAGUUGUUCCUGCUCUCCUAUUAGUCGUUCAAGAGAAGACAUUUUUCACCGAUUUGUUCCAACAGCUAAUCAAUUAAUGGAAUAAAUGAGCAACAGAUUAAUCCUCUGAACCCUGAGCUGUUGUUUUUUUAAAUUCUGCCACUUUAAGUCUUUAAGUCAUGAAGUUCUGCAGCUCUGUGGAAACAAAACAACACGAGGAAGGAGAAAACUCAGGAAAGUAUUAAAAAAACACAAAAGGUGAUUGUUUUUUUUUAUUUUGCAUUUCUUAAGAACAUAAAUCACACAACCUGGAGCCGACGUGUGCGACGUUUUCCAUCGUCUCCACAGAACUGGAUCAUUUAUUUAAUGACCGUUUGUUCAGGGCUGAUCAGUGGUGAGGUGAAGUUCUGGGUUCAGAGAGUUAAUCGACUCGUAGCUUCAGGGUCAGCUGUCGUUGGUCGUUAGUGUUUCAGCCGUUAGCAGGACGUGCACUAGUUUCAGUGUUCUGUUGUUCAGGAUCCUCUUCUGACCGUCAUCCUCUCAUUUAAAGUGUAAACCGUCACCGCCGUCAGUCUGGCUGCCGUCUGAGCUCUGCGGUCGCUUUGACUCCACCCGUCAUGAGGUGCGUUUGAUUCGUGUACGGUGAGGCAUUCUGGGACCAGAAGAUUCCUCCACAGACUCUGGGUUUCUUGGCUGCAGGGACUCCUGGACACCUGGUUACUAUGGCAACAGCCAACAUGGCCGACUGGUCACACUGAGCACGUGCGAGCUCUGCCUGGCUGUGACGUCGUCCUCUCCUGUCGACCAUUUCCACGGCGAUGAGGAUUCAGAGCGUCUCAGAAAUAACAAGUUUAGGAACUAAUUUAAGCAGUUUGAAGUUUGGGGAGCUUUUAGGUUUUUAUUUGUACAAACAUCUGGAGGCGUCAUGGAGGAAAAACUCACCUGGACAGCUACAAAACUAAUACUUAAAGUUAAAAAAUAGCAGCAAAGAGACGAUAAAGAGCCAUAAAAAUACAUGAACGCCGACACAGAGCUGCUAAAUGAGUGCAAAGACACAUUAAAUAACCACAAAUCCAAAAACAGGACUAAGAAUGACGACCUAAACUAGAAGAACAAGCACAGAGACACAAAACAGCUGCGUAAAUUAGUAAAACGGUAACAAAAACACAUGUAGUGACAACAAUGAGACUAAAGAGCUGUAGAUAUUUUAAAACAACUACAUAAAUGCAGAAAAUAUUCAGAGGUACAAAAGCCUCUGAAUGUACAAAAACAAAGAAGAAAAUUCAAAAUCCCCACAAAUAGACACAAAACAACUUCAGAAAAACAGUUUACCCAUUGGACAGAGAAGCAAAAUGACCACAAAGGUGAAAUCAACAACCAGAAAAAGCCAAUACAAGGUUUGAAAAGUUCAGGAAACGGGAGUAAAAUGAGCUCAGAGCUUCAUGUGCCCACAGUCCUCUCCACAAAGAGGCUAAAGCGAGUUUGUUUUGUCUGUAAAAUGACAGUAAAUAGUGAAAAAUGCCUGUUUGGAUUGUUGAAUUUAUAUCUUCAUUUCAUAAUUUAACGACUCCAGCUCUUCAUUCGGUGUUUCUGUCUAAUGUAGCCUCUUGGUUUACUGUUUUGAUUCGGUAAUUCAGACUCAAAGUUAAGAAUACAUUUUGGUUUUGAACUCUGUAAAUAAAUUCCUGAUUCCUAAACGUCUGGUGUCCUGUAGAGGGCAGCAGACACUAAGCAGUGUUUAGCUCCUCCAUGACGCCUCCAGGUUCUGUUCUCCGGUCUCGGUACCGGUUCUGUCCCCUGGUGUUUUAAUACUUGAAGCCCGUCGUAGCUCCUCCCACCUCAUCUGCUGCUCCAGGUUGAGUGAAUCAAGCGCUCCCGGCUCGGUGCCACGUUCUUUAUUUUUCUCUUCCUGACUUUUUGCUUCUGCCUCCAUCUUUUUUUUUUUUUUUUUUUUUAAUUCAAACUGAGACAUUCCUAAAGAGGUUCUGCAGAAACAAACCUGUUACCGUGGCAACAGCCUGGAGACGCUGUAUCCAUGGCAACAGCUAUACAACAGUUACUGGUUGAAGAUGGAAUAAUGAGUUUAAAAGCCCAAACUCACUGUCGUUACUGAGCUCAAACAAGCAGCAGAACAAAGUUUGUUUUUUCCCGUUUUUGACGUCCUGUUGAGUUUUUUAAGGCCAUCAGUCGCCCAAACGAACAUUCAGACUCUCUGGAAUCGUUGCUCCUGUUGAUGAUCCGUUCAUCUUCAGUGGAGGACAUGAAACAGAAUCCACAGCUGCCGGUCCGAGUAAAAUACGUUCAAAUCAAAGACGAGUUCUGUCUGAUGUCGCAACAAAACGUUUUACAGUUUCAGGUGUUUAGAGAUUGUAAAACGUCAUUCCUGUUUGGUUUUUGCUUAACCUGAUGAAUUAACUCACACUCUGGAUUUUGGUCGUUCUGUUUCUCCAUUUGUUAGUUUGCCUAUAUUUUCUGGUUCCAGUUUCCUUUUCCAGACUGUAAGUUUGGCCAAUCUGAGUCCAGAUUUGCUAUUUCAGACUUCUUGGUUUAAUAAUUCAGGGUGUCUACUUGGUAUUUCAGCUUCCACUCGGUGAUUUUCUGCACAGUUUUGCAGCGAACGAGGACUGUGGGUUUCAUUACGGACACUGAACAGGAGCAACGAUUCCUCCAGACUCGACCCUUUAAGACCAACAGAUCUGGGUUUACUGACGCUGCAUUCAGGCUCUGUGGGAAAUCCCAGCUUCAGACAGGAGGGCGGCUCCUGUUCACCUCCUGGUGGCCAAAACAAAAUUGUUCAGAUGAUGUCAGUGCAUUUCUCCCGCUGGUGAUUUCCCACCAUGAAGCAUCAUGAAGGUAGCCUCGGCUGCAGGAACACCUGAGCGUCCGGCCGACCGGUGGAUGAAGGUGAGGAGCUCCGUGAAGCACAAUCAUGGACGAGCUUCUCCAGACUGUUGGACUUCAUCACCUCCAACCUUUCGGCUGUCUUUAUCUUCCUUCUGUUGCUGCUGCCGUCAACAGAAGCUUCAUAUUUUCUACCACUUCCUGCUGUUUCCUGUUUGUCCUCUUUCUGGACUCUCGGUGUUGCCGUAGUUCUGAUCUUCACCUCUCACUGAAGCUUCUGCCGGUGAAGCUUUUAGUCGAUUUUGUCGUCGUUUUGAGCAAAAAUCUUCUAGUUUUAGUUCAAAAUUUUCCUCUAGUUUGUCAGACUAUUUCAUUUGACACUUUUAUUUUGAAAAUCUGGCAUUUAUUUGCUAUUUCAAGCUCUCGAUUUAGAAAUUCCAGCUCUAGAUUUAAUAAUCCUGGUUCUCAAAAUUACUAAUCCUGACACUCAAUUCUUGAAUUCUUGCUCUAGAUUUAAUCAUUUUUGUUUGUAAUCUUGUAUUUCAGAAUAUCGAUUUGAAUAUUUGGCUCCCAAAUCAUGAAUCCAGAUUCUGGAUUUCAUAAUUCCAGCUCUCGAUUUAGAAAUUCAGGCUCCACAUUUAGUAAUUCUAACUCUCAAUUUAAUAAUUCCAGCUCUUGAUUUACCAUUUUGGGCUCUAGAUUUAAUAGUUUCUGGUCCUCAUCUCGUAUUUCAGGCUCUAGAUUUUAAUCUUUGGAUCUCUAUUUAGGAAUUCUUCGACUGGAAUUUCUGCUUUGAGGGUUUUAAGGUUUCAGGCUGUCGGUCUCAGUGACUUCUUGAAUCCACCUUUUCUGGUCAUUUUUCACUAUUUUCUAGAAAUAACAUCAGAUGAGGAGAUACUGAUGAAAAGUCGUAGCUCCACCUAGUUUUUUCUUCUGGUUUACUUCCUGCUUUGAUGGACGGCGAGCAGCUAAACGAUGAGGUGAAGUUUGAUCUCAGUGAGACGUGAAGCUCCAGAACGACGACGUUACCGAAGCUUUUCUACGAAACGUGGGUUUAUCUAGAAAACAAAGAGGUAGUCCUGCAGUGGGACGUUUCCAGAUGUUUCCUCCUUCGAUGCUGAACUUUGCUGCACUUUAAUUUCUCUCAAUGUGCCUCGAAUCGUCUCCGUGUUCAUAUCGGUUUUCUAGGGAGCCUUCAGCUUCCUGUUCUUCGUUCAUUUGGAAUAAUAUCUAUGAUAAUAAGAAUAAUAAAGGAUAAAACUGA